AUGGCACCCUUCUCUUUUACCAAACUUUCACUAUUAGCUUUUGUACUUUACCUGUGGCAACAUCCCAACUAUCACCAGGAUGAUUUUUUAAGACAGGAUGUGAAUGCUCCAUUACAAGUAUAUAAUCAUGUUGGUAGAAAUUUAGCAAGCAAAGAAGAAGCAACUCCAGCAGGAAAAAAUAAAACAACUAAAACAUUAUUAGGCAAAAAAGAAGAAAAGAAAGAAGAAAAGAAAGAAGAAAAGAAAGAAGAAAAGAAAGAAGAAAAAAAAGAAGAAAAGAAAGAAAAGAAAAAAGAAGAAAAAAAAGAAGAAAAGAAAAAAACAAAUAAAACAUUAUUUGGAAAAAAGGGCAAAAAAGAAGAAGUGAAGGAAGGAACUAAGGAGGGAUCUAACGCGGGUAAUGGAGCCCAGAAUACUGAGGGGGAUAAGGAGGAUUCCGAUGUGACUUCCAGUGAAGACGCCAAAAAGCGAAAACCAACAUGGAAUGAUCUUUCAGUUGAGGAAAUGCGCAAACAACUGGCACAAGAGGAAACCCGUAACCAUAAGAAAAAACUUACUCCUGAACAAAAGGAAGCGUUGGACAAGAAAUAUGAGUGCCUUGUGAAAAAGAUAUUAGAUCAGGAGGCUGAAAAGCGAAGGAUAGCCGAAAAUGCAGAAAAGGCGCGGAAUGCAGCAAAAUUAAAAAAUCGCCCAUAUCGUAAACCCAGGGGAAGAAGUGAUAUAAAAGAUGAUGAAGAGUACUUCAGUUCAGAUGAAGAAGAAUUUACUAGGAAGUGA